UACGCACUACUCUCUGAGAGGGGAGGGGACAGCCAUCCAGUGAGUAUUGUAGCAGAGCAGGGCUAGUUAGCGCACAUUGUAGUCAGCGGUCGGCGCACCAACUCCGCGACCAUCUCUCUGUUGCGUACGAGAUCUGGAAGACCGAGGAGGAGAGCUCAUUCCGAUAAAGUCAUCCAUGGCUCUGUGCAACGGAGAUACCAAGCUGGGCAUCAGCAGCGUUGAGCCUCAGAAUGGUUCAUGUGAGGGGGCGGUGGUCAUCCUGGAUGCCGGGGCUCAGUACGGCAAGGUGAUUGACAGGCGGAUCAGAGAGCUGUUUGUCCGCUCAGAGAUCCUCCCACUAGAGACGCCAGCCUUCGCCAUCAGAGAACAAGGCUUCAGAGCGAUCAUCAUCUCUGGUGGUCCCAACUCUGUGUAUGCUGAGGAUGCUCCUUGGUUUGACCCUGCCAUAUUCACCAUUGGAAAGCCUGUCCUUGGUAUCUGCUAUGGAAUGCAGAUGAUGAAUAAAGUUUUUGGAGGCACAGUACACAGGAAGAGUGUGAGGGAGGAUGGAGUGUUCAACAUCGGACUGGACAACACCUGCUCUCUCUUCAGGGGCCUGCAGAAAGAGGAGCUGGUGCUGUUGACUCAUGGGGACAGUGUGGACAAGGUGGCCGAUGGCUUCAAGGUUGUGGCCCAGUCAGGGAGCAUCAUUGCAGGUAUUGCUAAUGAGCAGAAGAAACUGUACGGGACCCAGUUUCACCCGGAAGUGGACCUGACGGAGCGGGGCACAGAGAUAUUACGUAACUUCCUGUUUGAAAUCGCCGGCUGCACUUCCAACUUCACCGUCCAGAACCGCCAGCAGUCCUGUAUCACAGAGAUUCAGGAGAAAGUUGGCAAGUCCAAAGUGCUGGUUCUGCUGAGUGGCGGGGUGGACUCCACGGUGUGUACGGCCCUGCUGAACAAAGCUCUGAACCAGGAGCAGGUGAUCGCGGUGCACAUCGACAACGGCUUCAUGAGGAAGAGAGAGAGCCAGAGCGUUGAGGAGGCCCUCACCAAACUGGGCAUCAACCUCAAAGUGGUGAACGCAGCACACACUUUCUAUAACGGCACGACGACCCUGCCCAUCUCUGAUGAAGACCGGACGCCACGGAAACGCAUCAGCAAGACCCUCAACAUGACCACCAACCCUGAGGAGAAGAGGAAGAUCAUCGGAGAUACCUUCGUCAAGGUGGCCAAUGAGGUGAUAGGGGAGAUGAACCUGAAGCCGGAGGAGGUGUUCCUAGCCCAGGGCACCCUGAGGCCAGACCUCAUAGAGAGUGCUUCUCACCUCGCCAGCGGCAAGGCAGAGGUCAUCAAAACACACCACAACGACACAGAGCUCAUCCGCAAGCUCAGAGAUGAGGGAAAAGUAAUUGAGCCGCUGAAGGACUUCCAUAAGGAUGAGGUACGGGCACUGGGCAGAGAACUGGGACUGCCAGAGGACAUCGUCUGUCGACACCCUUUCCCUGGUCCUGGCCUGGCCAUCAGAGUGAUCUGUGCGGACGAGCCCUACAUCUGUAAGGACUUUGCUGAGACCAACAACAUCCUCAAGAUCAUCACAGACUUCUCCGCCAUGGUCAAAAAGCCCCACACGUUACUGCAGAGAGUGAAGUCGUGUAUAUCAGACGAGGAGGAGGAGAAACUCCUGCAGAUCACCAGUCUUCAUUCACUCAAUGCCUUCCUGCUUCCAAUCAAGACCGUUGGAGUCCAGGGUGACUGUCGGUCCUAUAGCUAUGUCUGUGGGGUCAGCAGUAAAGAGGCUCCACACUGGGAAUCACUGAUGUUCCUGGCCAGACUCAUCCCUCGCAUGUGCCACACCAUCAACAGAGUUGUGUAUGUAUUUGGGUCCCACGUGAAGGAGCCUCCCACAGACAUCACCCCCACCUUCCUGACCACAGGCGUUCUCAGCACACUCAGACAGGCAGACUUCGUGGCUCACUCCAUCCUCAGAGAGUCUGGUUACUCUGGUAAGAUCAGUCAGAUGCCGGUCAUCCUGACCCCGCUGCACUUUGACCGUGAUUCCUCACAGAGGCAACCGUCCUGCCGGCGCUCUGUGGUCGUCAGAACCUUCAUCACCAGAGACUUCAUGACCGGGAUACCUGCCACGCCCGGAAACCACAUCCCUGAAGAGGUGGUGCUGAAGAUGGUGAAUGAGAUCAAGAAGAUCCCUGGCAUCUCCAGGGUGAUGUUUGACCUGACCUCUAAACCUCCCGGCACCACAGAGUGGGAGUAGAGCUCAUGAAGAGAGAGAGAAGGGAAGUGUGGUGAGCUCCUCUUCUCCUCCUUUCUUUCCUAACACCUCCACACUCCCCCGCCCCCCCCCAGAACAUUCCCAUGUAAAGCAGGCAGUGCUGUGACCAGCGCACACCUGAAGCCGCCACUCUGCCUCGCCCCUUCAUGUUUUUGGGAGGAGUGGUUGUAUAGAUAUUACUAUUCAUCCUUCUUUUUGGAUCAGUUUCUUCAUGCGUUUAACUUUCUUUGGUGUAAGUGCUGCUUCCUGUUUGGAAACAGCCAGUUGAGGUUAAGGGUCAGAGUUCAGGAAGUGGAUUGUGUACAUGGCAUGCGUCAGAUUACAGCGUGAGACCAACAACAGAAGAAAGCAAAAAUAUAUACUUGUAAAGGAGAGGGAGGAGCCGCAACUAGCCAGUGGCUUAAAAAGUCAUCGCUUUUUGGCUUUUUUGUUCCACUUCUGACGGUUAUUUUUGUCCCAAGGUGAUUUUUAAUCAUACAUUUACGUUCCAACUGUAUACUGCAAAGAGACAGGGGGCUGCCUGCCCAAAGUCAUUCAGCAGAGAAACUGUGACCAAUUACUAUUUUUUACUUUACUACAAUUACUUUUCAUUUUGCCAAAUGUAGAUGAGCUGUGGUGAAAUUAGAUCUGGAUUAUUAGCUCUUGUUAACGAUCCACUUAAAUCUAAAUUGUGAUGGUUAAGCUACACACCACGGUCAACAGAAAAUAUUAGUUUAUUAUCACAGAUGUGAAACUGUGCGGGAAGCCCCCCAAAAUGACGGGGUAUCCUUUUUUUUGUGCCUGUUUCUUUGCUCCUCCUUUGUUUAACACACCCCCUGACUGGGGAGAACUGGGUUUUUUUUCAUGCUGCAAUAUAUACUUUUUAAGAGAAACAAGAGUACUGAGAAUGAAUUCAGAUGUUAGUCUAAACAACCAUUGAUGUGUGAACGGCAUCUUCGUCAUCACCAUACUGGCAUGUGGCACCUCCUACAGUGGUGUAGGAGCAACGUUAGCGCAUUCUCUUUUUAACCCAGAAAGCCAUGGUGCUUUCCAGAUGCGUAGGGAAGGGAUAGUACUUCCAGUUGAUGGAUUUUAAAAACCAAUCACGAAGCAUCCCCCCUUUUUAAUAGUGUCAAAGGUGAAAUUUGAAGACUGGCAGUGGCCGUCUUGGAACGGUUCUACUACCAGAGGACUCCUGAAUAGGCAUUCUCAGUAACCUGGCUCUGAGUUCAAUGUCCUCAGCUAGUCCAGGACUCAGCGUUUUACUGGGCCUGAAGCAAGUCGUCUUAAGGACCCCUGUCUGCCCCUUGUCCAGCCUGUAGGUCAUGUUUUACUGUGCGAUAAUACCGAUUUACAUGCCUCUUGUGUUUGACUUUGUACCCCUCACCUUAAAUAUCAUUUAGUUAUGACGGCAAAAUACCCCAACGCAAAAUGAAUCUGUUCCUUAACUGUCUUAAUUGCAACUUGUUCUUAAUGUCUCUCCCUUUGUGUUGCCUUUUACUUGUGUAUUUUAUGAUACAUAUGUCUACUUGGAAAAAACAAAAACAGCUUAAAAUUAAUGGGUUUAAUUUUAUAGUUGGAUUUUUACUGAAAUAAUGAUUAAUUUAUGCAAUUCUGUGUCAGAUUAUUUUUUUUGUUUAAAAUGAUCAAUGCUCAUUUGUCCUUUAGUAACGUGCCUCAAACCAAGCCACUGCAUGCAGUUUCAACGAUGACAUUUGUAUAAUGAAAAACCAAGCUUUAAUAAAGAAGUUGCAUCUUUAUUCUCACACUCUA